AUGCCAGACCCUGUCGCUGAGUUGCGCGGGUCCUUUGAGCGCUUUCGUGAUGAGAUUGACUCGCACAAUGACAAGCGUGAACGACUGAUCAAGGCCUCGCGCGACAUCACCGCCCUGUCUAAGAAGCUCAUUUUUCAUCUACAUCGGUUCUCGCUCGAGCGCGGUGACGCGGCUACGUCAUCACAAGCCGCAUUGCUUGGUGAAGCUCACACCAAGCUGCAAGGCAUUUACGCACAACUGUCUCAGCUGGCACAAGAGGAAGGACUUGUCAGUGACCAUGAUCGUCCGAGCGUAGCCAUGCUUCGAUACGAACGGUAUGUGGGCGACAGCAUAGAAGAGAUGGUGGAAGCUGCGUCGUUUUUGCAUUUUCUUGAGCACCGCACUAUCCUCCCCUACGAGCAAAUGCAGCGUCACUUUUGUGCGCCGGACGGCCGGAUUGUGGUGCACAUCUCGCCGUUGCGCUACAUUCUGGGCCUAUGCGACUUGAACGGUGAACUUAUGCGCUUUGCCAUCGAUGCCUCGGCAAGUCCUGAUCCCAUGCGCAUCAUUCACCAAGUGCUGCAUGUACAGCGCACCAUCUACUACACUAUCGAGCCCAUGUCGCCACUGUUGCCUGACAUCCGCAAGAAACAGUCCGUCACACUCUCGUCCAUCCGCAAAGUGGAAAAUGCCGCCUAUACCAUCAGCGUCCGAAGCUUCGAAUACGGACACGAUCCGCAGUUCAUCCGCGACUUUGUGCGCCGCGACCUGGACACGGUACGGACGGACGACUACGAUACCAUGUAG